AUGAAUAAUGACUGUGAAGAUGGUGGAAGUGGUGAUUUUGUAGAAAAUCGAUCUCGUGAAGGAAUUCCGAAAGCCGUUGAUUCGUCAAAAAAUACAAAAGGUGUAAGAAUAUGGUGUGAUGGAUGCUACGACAUGGUGCAUUUUGGUCAUGCAAAUCAGUUACGACAAGCCAAACAGUUUGGUGAUUAUUUGAUUGUCGGUGUACAUACUGAUGAAGAAAUCGAAAUGCAUAAAGGCCCACCAGUGUUCAGUGAACAAGAACGAUACCGCAUGGUUCGUGGUAUAAAAUGGGUUGAUGAGAUUGUUGAAGGUGCACCUUAUGUGACGACAGUUGAAACACUCGAUAAGUACAAUUGCGAUUUCUGUGUUCACGGUGACGACAUCACAUUAUCUGCAGAUGGUACUGAUACAUAUGCAGAUGUCAAAAAAUGCGGACGUUAUCGCGAGUGCAUGCGAACGUCUGGAAUUUCUACUACGGAUCUGGUUGGACGUAUGUUACUGUUAACAAAAACUCAUCAUUCAUUUGCAGAUGAUAUUGCUAAGCAUGAAGAGAGAGCUCGAUUUCUCUCCACGGAUCGAAAAGCCGUAUCACCUUGGACGAGGGUGUCUCGUUUUCUGCCAUCAACGCGAACAAUCAUGCAAUUCGCAGAGGGUCGUUCACCCGGAGAACACGACGUUAUUGUGUAUGUGUCCGGUGCAUUUGAUUUAUUUCACAUCGGUCAUUUAUGUUUUUUGGAAGAAGCACGGAAAUUGGGUGAUUAUCUCAUUGUUGGGAUUCACAAUGAUCAAGUAGUGAAUGCUUAUAAAGGUGGAAAUCAUCCGAUAAUGUCGCUACAUGAACGUGUGCUAAGUGUUCUGGCCUACAAACCCGUUUCCGAGGUAGUGAUUGGUGCACCAUACUUGGUAACAGAUGAAUUAAUAAAGCGAUUCAAUAUACAGAUUGUUGCAAAAGGGACACGACUUCCAGAUCAUCAGAUGCCGGGUGAACCGGAUCCAUUUCGAUUGCCUAGGGAAAGGAAUAUGCUACGACUGAUUGAUUCGGGUAGUAAUAUGUCUACUGAUCAAAUUAUUACACGGAUCAUCGAUCACAGGAAUGAUUACGAAAAUCGGAAUCGAAGAAAGGAAUGUCGUGAAGCAGACAUUUAUAAGAAAAUUAAAAGUUUUAAUUUAGAUACUCUUCAAGUAAUUAGUAUCUGA